AUGGACAUUCAGAGAAUCCGGAAUGAAGGGCUGAUGACAGCAAAAGUGUUGUCAGACAAGUAUAAGAAUGGUUUCCCAAAGAUGGAAGUUGCGACUUCGUCUUGCUCUGGAGAUGGCGGUCGCCCAAAGAAGAAGACACUGAGGGCGAGCCUUGAAUUCAGGAAAUACGUGGAGCUUGAUGAGAUCUGCCGUGAUUGCUACUGUAUAUCUCCAAGAUACACAGUAUUACCUUCAAUAACAGAUGGAACGUACACCGCCAGUGUACGUCUUAGAUGCCCUGAUGCUAAGAUGACCAUCUAUGGAGGCCCUCACGAGACCCCACUCGAGGCGAGGUGCUCUGCAGCUGCCAAUAUGAUACAGGAGCUUUGCAAGGCGUAG